GUCGAUCCCCUUCUCCCGUUGCAACUCGUCGCUGGGCUGCAGCGACGUCGCUCAAUAUGUGCUUGCGCCUUCGCCAGCCCAACGACAACAAGGAACCGCAAGAAACGACACUUCCUGCUCGCGGCUGCGAUUUGACGCUGUGACAUGCUGACAGACAGGCACAGUACACUCUUCUGCGUCGCGGAGCCCCUGGAAGACACAUGCCACGCAUUGCAUAACAGAAUGCAGCGCCAGCGGCGAGAAGAUCUGCAUCUCAGUAUAGUACGCUUCUAGGCUUGGUGGAAGACCGCUCGUGAUACUACUUUCUUGGGACCGGCCUGCGACGCCCUCUCGGCUCCCGAGCAUACCAUCAGGAAAAGAAGAUCCCCUGAUCCUCGCAAUACAUUCGCGCUGCAUCAAGGGCACAGUAAUUCAGUCGAAACGAAGAGGCCGCUGCCUACGUGACCUGCACGCGCGACUCCUUCCAACGACCGCGCAUCCUAUGACUCAGGCGCGCACAUACCUGUCGCCGAAGCAGAGUCUCGGGGUGGGACGCGAUGCCAUAUCGCGCGCCUAUGCACCAUCUCCAGCGCUCCGUCUUGCAUCACGCUCGACGGGCUUCGGGUUCGGUCAUCGAUCGGGGUGCGCGCGCGCAGUCAGCGAGGAAUGGUGCUACCCGUCUCGCCGCGGUCGGGGAUAACGCUUGUGGGUCCAUGUAUGCACACCCCGCACCAACCGCAUCAGGGAAGGGCGGUGACGCGUGCUGGCGCCCACGUACCUUCAUGCCCAUAUCGCGUCCCAAAAUUUCCCGCGCGGAGCUCUCGCCCGCCGCGGCGCCGCGGCAACCCGGCUACUACCAACCAAACUCCUCAGCUAGAUUGCCGAACUCGGUGGGAGCGCGAGCCCACAGGUCGUCUGCCAGGGAACGGCGGAUUGUAUCAGAUCAAACAGAUCGCUUGCGU